AUGUACGGAGGCGAUGAAGUAUCGGCUAUUGUUCUUGACCUCGGCUCCCACACUUGCAAAGCUGGCUAUGCCGGCGAAGAUGCUCCCAAGGCAGUCUUCCCAUCAGUUGUUGGAUCAAUUGAUCAAAUGGAAGUUGAAACUGAAACAGAAAAUAAUUCUGGACCUGCUGUAGAUCCAAAAAGUAAUUCCAAAUCUCUUGAUUCUGACAAAGCCAAGGGAAAACGCAAAUUAUAUGUGGGAUCUCAAGCCUUAGGGUACCGUCGGGAUCAUAUGGAGGUGGUGUCACCCAUAAAGGAUGGAGUUAUUGUUGACUGGGAAGCUGUGGAGGGUAUAUGGGACCAUGCUUUUAGGGAAUGCCUAUUGGUUGAUCCUAAAGAGCAUCCAAUGCUACUUGCAGAGCCAUCUUCUAACACUCAACAACAGAGAGAAAGGACAGCAGAGCUUAUGUUUGAAAAGUACAAAGUUCCUGCCUUAUUUUUGGCCAAGAAUGCUGUUCUCACAUCUUUUGCAUCAGGCCGUGCUACCUCGUUAGUUGUUGAUAGUGGUGGAGGAUCAACUACAGUUGCUCCAGUUCAUGAUGGCUAUGUUCUUCAAAAGGCUGUGGCAUCUUCUCCUAUUGGAGGAGAAUUUCUUACUGAUUGUUUGACAAAAAGUUUGGAAAGUAAAGGAAUGAUGAUUAAACCCAGAUAUUCUUUCAAAAGAAAGGAAACACGACCUGGAGAGUUUCAGGUGGUAGAUGUUGAUUUUCCAAAUACCACAGAAAGCUACAAACUCUAUUCCCAGAGGGUGGUUGCCAGUGAUAUCAAAGAAUGUGUGUGUAGAGCCCCUGACACUCCAUAUGAUGAAAGCGCAUAUUCAAACAUUCCAACAACCUCAUAUGAGCUUCCUGAUGGCCAGACAAUUGAAAUUGGAGCGGAUAGAUUCAAGAUUCCUGAUAUUCUAUUUAACCCAUCCUUGGCUCAGACAAUUCCUGGUGUUGAGAAUUUUGCAGAGAUUGUUCCUCUUCGUGGUUUGCCUCAAAUGGUUAUCGAGAGCAUUAACAAGUGUGACGUGGACAUUCGUCGUGAAUUAUUUAGUAGUAUACUGCUUGCUGGUGGCACAGCAUCAAUGCAACAGUUAAAGGAACGCCUUGAGAAAGACUUGCUGGAGGAGUCUCCUCAAGCUGCUAGAGUUAAAGUAUUGGCGAGUGGGAAUUCAACUGAAAGGCGAUUCAGUGUUUGGAUAGGUGGGAGUAUACUGGCGUCUCUUGGUUCAUUCCAGCAAAUGUGGUUCUCCAAGGCUGAGAGCAUGGGGCUUCUUAUGUACAAAGAAAAUGCCCUUGAAAUUGUCUUCCAGACUGCAAGUAGGAAAGGACCUACGGGCCAAGGGACAGUCUCAGGUAGACAGUUUCUAUGGGGCGUAGGCCUCCCAAAAGGUAACAUAUGGCGCGAGUUGAUUGUAGUCAAAUUCCUUCUACUCCGCGGAGCACCAGAAUACUACCCCAUCUCAAGCACAACCGGAACAGAGCACCAACAGUACCAACCGUUAGUUGACAGCGGUCGCUAA